AUGAUCCUAGUGUGUCUCUAUGUUGAUGACAUAUUUCUAACAAGGAGUUGUUCAGAAGAGAUAAUUAAGUUCAAGAAGGUGUUGAUGAAUGAGUUUGAAAUUACUGAUCUAGGAAAUAUGAUAUAUUUUCAAGGGAUGGAGAUUGUUUACUCUGAAAAGGAUAUCAUCUUGCAUCAACUGAAGUAUGAACUUGAGCCUUUGAAGAGAUUUGAGCUAAUGAAUUGCAAGCCUGCAAUCACACCUACUGAGACAAAGCUUAAGUUGGAUUUUGAUGUUGAGAGUGAUGACGUAGAUGCUACAACUCUUAAACAGUUGGGAGGCUCAUUGAGAUAUCUCUAUAAUACCAUACCUGGUAUUUUAUAUGUAGAUAGAAUGGUGAGUAAGUUUAUGAAAAAACAAAAAUGGUCACAAUACCAAGUUACUGUCAGGAUACUGAGGUAUGUUAAGGGGACUCUGAAGUAUGGACUUUUGUUCCCUUCUGGUGCUAAAUCUGAGUUAGAGCUGAUAUGCUAUUCAGAUUCCGAUUGA